UUUAAUUUUAGUGUAUCAUAGAGAACAUAACAAAACAGUUAUUUAAACAUUUACUUACUACUGUACGCUAAUUGUCACCACUGUUAGGUAAAUACUUCCCGUUAUUGUAAAGAUUGUCAAAUCACUGAUCAGUAUCGAGCAAGCAUGUCUCUGAUCUUUAACAUAGUCUUCUUCAUUGUUUUUUCUACAUCUAUUACAAUUAUUUAUAGUGAUACUACAUUAGGAGUGACUCGCAGCGAAAAAUUUUUCCCACUGUUUAGUGUUGUAAGAUUUGCAAAUUCAGAAUGCUCAGGCUGGAAUUCGUUCAAUGGAACUUGUUUUACACGUAAAGAAUGUUAUAAUUAUAAAGGAACAGCUUCUAGUACUUGUGCUAAUGGAAUCGGAACUUGUUGCAUUUUUAAAAGAGAAUGCGGAUCAGUUACAAGUUUAAACAACACAUAUUUUGUGAACCCUGGAUACUCUUACAGCUAUGCAGGUGGUCAAAGGUGUACAAUAACUGUCUAUCCCUGUAAUUCAGAUGUCUGUCAAUUACGCAUCGACUUUAUGAAGUUCAGCUUAGCCCAGCCAAAUGCCACCGGGGUUUGUGAUAACGAUUUUCUUCUUAUAUCUGGCGGGGCAUCAACAGUACCCAGACUUUGCGGAGAAAAUGAUGAUCAGCAUGUUUACGUUGAUUUUAAUGGAGCUAAUCCGAUAACAAUAUCAGUAGAUACAAAUACAGAUUAUUCAUUUUCUCGCGAAUGGAACUUAAGGUUACGACAAAUAUCUUGCGAUUCAUCGUGGCUGGCUCCAAAAAAUGAUGGGUGUCUUCAGUAUUAUAAAGCAAUAAGUGGUACAGUGACAAGCUUUAAUUACGGGACAAUACCAAAUACUAGAGUUUCAACGCCACUUCUAACUCCAAAUACUCGACAAAUACAAAAUUUAAAUUACGGAGUCUGUAUUAAAAUGGCUCCUGGGUACUGUACUAUCGAAUGGUCGCAAGCAGACGCGUCGUCCUUUACUAUUUCCAGUAAUUCGGGUAUUGUUGAUAGUACGGCAGGCAUCGAUUACUCAUUAUCAGGAGAACUAUGUACACAUAAUUUUGUAAUAGUACCAAAUCCGUCAGUAAAUGGUACACGUUAUAACACAGACAGAUUUUGCGGUAAUAGUUUUGAAACAAAACAGAGCAGUUCAAAGCCGUUUGUACUUUACGUAGUAACAAAUCCAGAUCCGAACGAAAACUUAGCUGAGAGUGAUGAUUUUGUAGACCACGACUUGGCUAACAGAGGUUUUGUUUUAAAAUACCGUCAAUUGGCCUGUGCAGUAUAAAAUAGAUCGUUUUAUAAAUUUACAAUUACAGUUAUUGAAAUUAAAUAAUUAAAUUAAAUUAUUUUAUGUAGAAACCAAUUUAAUUAAAUUAGUAUUUAUUUUACCUAACUAACUUCAAUA